AACCUACUUGAAAUCCGUGCUGUUAUGAGGAGUAUUAUUAAACACAUGCUUACCUUCAUCAUAUAUAGCCAGUGAAUGAUACCUUGUCUCAGGAAUAUAAGAGAGGGGUGCUAAGUAUUGUUAGUAUUUUGACAGUUUUUGGUGGUUAUAAAUAAAGAGCAGUAUUACGCUGGGACUCUUGAACAGGGUACAAUGGGGCAAACAUGGUUUGUUUCUGUUUUCAAAGUUUAUAAUGAUCACAAACAAUAUUCAGUUUUAUUUACUAUUGAUGGUGCAGUAUAAUUCAAGAUAAUGAGGUUUCCUUCAAAUAUAAAGGCCUUGUUUGUUGAGGAGGUGAUAUGGGGGCAAUUAAUUUAUACACUUUUUGGUAUGUAGCAGUAUAACGUUUAAGAUCAACCACUUCAGGAAGGAUUGAGCAUUUACUAUAUUACACAUUUAUGCUAUAACUACACCUUAUUAUUCUGCUAUUAGUAAACAUACAAAAUAUACAGCUUUGAACGAUUAGUCCAGUUGCACCCUACCUCAAUUUACCUGUUUGUUCCUUAUUUUUAUUGUUGUUUAAUUGUUAUAGCUGUCUGUUAAAUUAUCACGUUUAUGUAAUCUAAUUUAUAGGGUUGGUCCUGUUAAUAAAGUCUGUUUAUACUUUAUAUAAAUCACGUUAUGCAUUGUUUUUUUAGCUUCAGGGGUUUUUACCAUAGACUGAAUACAUGAGCAAAGGUGACGAGAGUGAUCUCGUUCUUAUCCUCUCGCGAUAUUUCCCGAGUAUCGGAGCUAUGGCAAUAGAAAACAAUACGGGCAGCAAAGAUUUCUCGACGAUUUACACAAGAGACAGUCUGGCCAGUGACUCGGGUCAGGACUAUGACAGUUCUCAGGCGAGGGUCUUUAAGAUAAUCGUCAUUGGGGAUUCAAAUGUUGGAAAGACGUGUCUAACUUACCGCUUUUGCGGUGGGAAAUUCCUCCAAAAUCCCGAGGCAACAAUCGGAGUAGAUUUCAGAGAGAGAACCCUGCACCUUGAUGGAGAAAACAUAAAGUUGCAGAUCUGGGACACGGCGGGACAGGAGCGCUUCAGGAAGAGCAUGGUGGAGCAUUACUACAGAAAUGUCCAUGCCAUCAUCUUUGUGUAUGACGUGUCCAGCCUGGCUUCGUUUGAGAGUCUGCCGGAGUGGAUUGAGGAGUGCAGCCGUCACUCAGUCCCUCCCAUGGUCCACCGCAUCCUAGUUGGGAACAAAUGUGACUUGAGGGGAAUGAGAGAGGUGUCCACGUUUUUAGCUCAGCGACUGGCUGACAGCUACAACUUCCCGCUUUUUGAGACGUCUGCAAGAGACCCUGCGGAAAAAGAGCAUGUAGAUGCCAUUUUCCUCACGCUGGCCUACAGGCUGAAGAAUCACAAGCCGCUGAGACUGAAACAGCUGAGCGAGAGCAGCUUCUUACAGCUCGCUGGUGAACGGGAGGAGAACACACCCUGUUUAUGCUAAUGCACUUUGGCCCAUACAGUUAAAUGCAGUAAAUUAGGGUGAGGUUCUGAAUGAAGUUAAGACAGAAAGAGUGAUUGGGAGAUAUACAGUACAGUAUAUGUCUAUAGGAUUUCAUUUGGUGUAUGUGCAGUUUACAGAUGUCUUUGGAAGCAUAAACUAUGGAACAAUUGGACAUUAUGAGGGGUUUGUUUUGUUAAACCACAUAUUAUGAAGCAAGUGAUGCCUUUAUGUCUUACUAUUAUUUAAGAGUGUUAUUAACGCUCCAGAAACACGCUCAAUGACACGAAGAGCCUGUUAUGAUAUUUUCAGUCUGUAAUAACUUUGCAUGUUGUUUCACUGUCACAUGUUUAUGAAUAUAUCAUUACAAUUUCAGGUAGGUUGCUAUGGGGAACUUCUAAAGGCAAUCUGACGUAUCAGAAACACAUUCUGAUUAUUGUGCACCGUCAGCUUUCUGUUAUGUUUAUGGUUACAGAUCAGAUAUUAUUAUUAUUAUAGUUACUCUGCGCUUCAAUCGAAAUUUUUCACUCGAAAGCAUAUACUGUAUGCAAGCUCAAUCUAAACUGUGGUGUCAUGCAUAACUAAAGUUAUAACUGACUCCAUCAUGAACACUAGUGGGCGCCACUGUCAAGGCAUUCAGAGCAUUAUGAGCUACUAUGAAGAAAAAAUUAUUGAAAACACACUUUAUUAUAAAUAUGAGCACUUAUAUCCUCAAUGCAUUUGUGAAACACAGUGACAUGCAACAUAUUAGUGAUGUUUGAUGUCUUUUACAAGCAAAUCCAUGCUUCAAUAAGACUUCAACAUAUCUCAAAGGCUUGAUUUCAUUUAGUUUUUUAAAAUCAUUUAUUCUCGCUUCGACAACCCUUUUUGUAAGCUGGCGCAUUUGGAAAACAGGGACUGUACGGCACUUUAAAUUAAGAUUGCAUCAUGUCUGAGGUUUGUCUGGAUUAUUCCGCAUCAUGUAUAAUUUGUUGUACUUGAGAGAGAACAUGUCAUUGUGUAGAUAGUUUGCAGAGACUGUCAGAUGUGUUUUGGAAGUGAAUAUGAAAAUAAAAUGUGCAAUAAAAAGUCAUUAUUUUGAUAUUUGGUAUAUAUCUUAUAACAGCUGUGAUCAG